GGUAUUUGACGUGUUUCUUGCAGAGAGCAGAGAGCAUGGUAGUGAAGUAGAAGGGAAUGGGGUGCGCUUGCUGGCCCUUGUUCCUUUCUGGAACUUGGGUUUUCACCCCAAUAUCAUCACUCACUAACAGAACCUCACCCAUCAUACCUCUUGUGCUUUGUUCACAUUCUAAACAUCAUAUUACUAAUUCCUUAAAGUUUGAAAAGUAUCAUUUUCAUCCCCGGUUAGCCAUUGACGACAUCGAUUACGGGGGUUGGAGCAACAACAACAACAACAACAACAACAACAACAAUAACAAUAAUAAUAGUAAUUCUUGGUGGUGGUGGUGGCACGACGGAGAUGAUUCUUCUGAAUCUUUUUAUCAAUUUCCCCCCUUCAUAUUAUCCCUUCUAUAUUGUUUCUAUCACUUCCAAUUGGCCGCGGCACUCGCAACAACUCAAGACAAAGACAACGACGCUGUUUGGGAAGUCAAGGGAAGCAAGUGGACAAGACUCAUCCCUGAUUUUUCAAAAGAUGCAUUUGUUGUUACAAAUGCAACUGCAGGUGAAGUAUCAUUAUCAUCUAUGUUAUCUGUUGGAAAUUUAUGGUAUCAGUGCAGAGACCUCUUUAUGCGGCUGAUGCUCCCCGAAGGUUUUCCUGAUAGCGUUACCAGCGAUUACUUGGACUACUCUCUUUGGCGAGGCGUACAAGGCGUUGCCAGCCAAAUUAGUGGUGUUCUCGCCACUCAGGCGUUGCUUUAUGCUGUUGGAUUGGGGAAAGGGGCUAUUCCAACGGCAGCUGCCAUCAAUUGGGUGCUCAAAGAUGGAAUUGGGUAUCUUAGCAAAAUUAUGUUAUCAAAAUUUGGAAGGCAUUUCGAUGUUCAUCCCAAAGGGUGGAGAUUGUUUGCUGAUCUUUUGGAAAAUGCAGCUUUUGGGUUAGAGAUGCUAACUCCUGCUUUUCCACAUUAUUUUGUUGUCAUUGGUGCAGCUGCUGGAGCCGGACGCUCUGCAGCUGCACUCAUUCAGGCUGCAACAAGGAGUUGUUUCUAUGCUGGUUUUGCAGCGCAAAGGAAUUUUGCUGAGGUAAUCGCUAAGGGUGAAGCUCAAGGAAUGGUGAGCAAAUCUAUUGGUCUUAUGCUAGGUAUAGCACUGGCUAACCACAUAGGCUCCUCUACACCUUUUGCUCUUGCUUCCUUCGGUGUUGUCACAUGGAUUCACAUGUUCUGUAAUCUGAAGUCGUAUCAGUCUAUUGAACUCAGGACUUUAAAUCCCUAUCGCGCAAGUUUGGUGUUCAGUGAAUAUCUCCUUAGCGGCCAAGCUCCUCCAGUCAAAGAGGUCAAUGAUGAAGAACCACUUUUUCCAGCUUUACACUUCCUAAAUAUAAAGCCUGCAAAGAAAUUACAAUCAGUGGUUCUAUCUUUGGAAGCAAAGGAUGCAGCUGCUGAAAUUGAGUGUCGGCUGCAGCUGGGAUCGAAUCUCAGUGAUGUAGUUAGCAACAGGGAGGAUGCCCUUGCAUUGUUCAAUUUAUAUAAAGAUGAAGGCUAUAUUUUGACUGAGUAUGGGGGAAAAUUCUGUGUUGUUCUUAAAGAAAGUUCCUUACCUCAAGACAUGCUGAAGUCAUUGUUCCAAGUCAAUUAUCUGUACUGGUUGGAGAGAAAUGCUGGAAUUGUAGCAAGAGGUGCCUCUACGGACUGCAGAAAAGGUGGAAGGCUACAAAUAUCUCUAGAGUAUGUGCAAAGGGAAUUCAACCAUGUCAAAAGUGACAGUGCAGCAGCAGGUUGGGUCACUGAUGGACUUAUUGCAAGACCUUUGCCUAAUAGGAUUCGUCCUGGUUAUCUGGAGUCUUCAACUUCAAGUUAAUGGCAUGAUACACCAUAAAUUCUGUUUUUCUUCUGCAAUGAGUUUCAUGGCUUCCUAUGAGCUGGCAAAAGGAAGAGAAAAUGCUUUGAAGAUCAUUUGGGAACCCAUUGAUAUGUUGACCAUGAUUUUGUUAAACUAGCCAUUCCUCGUAAAUUUUUUCAUACGCAAAAGAAUUUAGUUUCAGAACUUUUGAGGUGAUGUCCAUUAUUGGGGAUGGCCUGACAUCUAUCAAGAUAAAAGUAGUCAGUCCAUUGGAAAGUAAGUUGCGAGACUGUUUCUUACAGAUUUUUCUUUUUUAGGAAAGAAAAUACAAAAAUGUUGAUAUUUGAUCACUGUAUUGGCUAUACUUACCCAGUGAUUUUGAGCACUAGUUUUGAGUUAAUUAUUAGUAUCUUUAUUUACUGA